AUGAUAUUUAGGAAUAGGCACCAGUUGGUUGAGGCAAUUAGGCAGCACUCAAUUCUGAAUGGGAAAGAAAUCAGAUUCCUAAAAAAUGAAACAACAAGAGUGAGGGCUAAAUGCAAGACUUAUGAUGAGGAUGAGGAAAAAAUUGAUUGUCCAUGGGAACUUUCUGCGACUGAUAAAGGGGUAGCAAACAAAACACUAAAGGUCAAGGUUUACAACCCAAACCACAAUUGUGGUAGGACUUGGACUAACAAGUUGAUGAAUAGCAAUUGGUUGGCUAGGAUUUAUUUUGAUGACAUCAGGAUUACUCCUACUAUGAAGAUUUUUGACCUUAGGGAAAAGGUUAGACAUAAUUUCCAAUGUGAUGUGUCUCUAAGUCAGUGCAAUAGGGGAAGGGAUAAGGUGUUGAGGAAGAUUCAAGGUAGCAUUGAAGAGCAAUAUGCUAAAUUAUGGGAUUAUUGCAACAAGAUAAUGAGAACCAAUCCUGGAUUUAUUGAGGGUUGUAGACCUAUUGUUGGAGUUGAUGGGACUCACUUGAAGGGGGGGGGGGGGGUGGUGGUGGAUUGUCUUGGUCAAAUGCUUACAGCUGUGGGUAUAGAUGCAAAUGAUCAGACUCUCCCUGUGGCUUAUGCAAUUGUUGAGCAAGAGAACACACAUACUUGGACUUGGUUUUUGCAGGGGUUGGAUAAUGCAAUUCAGGAGUUGCUACCAUCAAUGGAGCAUAGGCACUGUGCGAGACAUUUGCAUAACAACUUCAAGAAUGCUGGAUUCCCGGGUCAGGUAUUACAUGAUAAGAUGUGGAAUUUAGCGAGGACAAGCUAUGUGGGUAGAUUUAACUCCUUGAUGGAAGAACUAAAGAAAGAAUACUCACAGGAAUUUACAUGGUUGUCUCACCCAGACAGAAACCCUUGCCAUUGGUCUAGGUCACACUUUAUGGUUUUCCCCAAGUGUGACAUUUUAGUCAACAAUCUCUGUGAACCAUUCAAUAAGGCCAUAUUGUGUGCUAGGGACAAACCUAUCCUAACCAUGUUGGAGACGCUUAGAACAUACUUCAUGAACAGGUUAAAUGAAAAGAGGGCAUUUGCAACUAAAUGGGUAGAUCACUUGGGGCCUAAGAUACAUAAAAAGAUAGAGAAGAUGAAGAAGAAGUAUGGUGAAUUCAACGUAAUACCAUGUGGGGAAGGAAGAUGGGAGCUAACUGGAAUACCAUGUGUGCAUCCUACAGCAGUUAUAGGUCAAGGGGGGGGUAAGCCAGAGGAGUAUAUGAGUCAAUGGUACCACAGGCACAGUUUUGAAUCUAGUUAUAACCGCCACAUAAUGCUCCCCCUCAAUGGGCCUGAUACGUGGGAGAAGUCUGGUAAGACUCCAAUCUUACCUGCAGAGUUUACAAAGCAACCUGGGAGGCCCAAGAAAUCGAGGAGAAGGGAACCAGAUGAACCUCCAAAGAAUCCUUACAAGUUGAGUAAAAUUGGUGUGAAAAUGAAAUGUACAAGAUGUGGGAAAGAAGGGCACAACACUAGGACAUGCAAAGCCCCUAUGGAUGCCACUCCAGUUCAAAACACAAGUACAAGAGCAAGGGGAAGAGGAAGAGGAAGAGGAAGAGUCCAUGUGGAUGCCACUCCAGUUGACAACACUAGUACAAGAGGAAGAGUAAGAGGAAAUACCAUAAUUACUUCUAUUGCACUUUAG